GCGCACUGGUCCCGGUGAGUCACGUCGUGAUGUUCACUUUUCCACGCUGACGACCACCGAGCUCGUCGCUCUUCCCUGCCACAUUUUCAUCCUUAUAUUUUUUAUUCAAGGGAAAGGUGCGCACUUGCACUUUCACGUGAUGGAUUCCCACCCUUUUUCCGCAAUUUGCGGAUUGUUCCUGGCGUUGAUAAGCGCUUUCGACGGAGCGUACGCGCAAAAAAGUCAGUGCGGGAUCUCAGAAUUCUGGAGCUCCGACCUGGACGGGUGCAUGCCGUGCGCGUCUUGCAAGCAGUACCCAAAGACGCCUUUGUGUAACACAUGUAAAGUGGUGGAAGAGACGCCGGACGUGUGGAAGUUAGCAGCCAUUAGCAGCUUCUCUGUGCUGGCAGUGGUGCUAGUGGGCGCCGCCCUCAUUAUCGGGGUGAUGGUGCAUCGCCGCAAAGCACAAAAACUUCCUCUACGAGAACCGAUAGAAGAAACCGCAGGCCCACUUUAUCAAGCUUAAACCUCCCAGUCAGUAAACACAACAUUGCGACUACAGUGUGACGGACUGAAGCUAGCGGCGACCGCCCCCCCGCCAGGCCUGACCGGGAUGCCUCGAGGCCGUCGACCGUGAACUUUGACUGAUGGAGCGACCACAGGCUUUCUCCUGACAACAAUCCAUCUAUUUUUCGUUCUUUUUUUAAGAAAUGUAUUUAAAAUGUAGCAAAAGCGACGACACACUAGAGUGCCUUUGAGCGACAAAACCGCGAAUCGGAUGAAUGUAGGUAUGAAGAGGUCAAAGGGCGGGACACACUGUUGAGGCGCAAACAGCGUGUUUGAAUGUAGCUACUGUUUAGGUGAAGCGUCGUCUUGUUAUGACAAUCGUGCACUGUUACUGAGAAAAAACAUUUCAACAUGAGGGAAUGACAUAUUUGUGUACUGUACUAUCUGCGGAGGCGGAGCUAUGUCACGCCACAUGAAAACUCAUUUAUUUUCAUACGUAGACAGUGGUAAACAUCCAAUCCAUUUGAACAUGCUAACAUGUACCACAGUCCAUGACGGACUGCUAUAGCUCUGGAGUGGACGUUUAUUGCUGUCAAUGCUAGCUAACCAGUUGAAAGGUGCAAGAUUACCAUUUUCUUCCUUGUUUUUGCCCUUUGAAUCACAAAUAUGUCAACAUUCCACACAAAACACUAUUAAUUAACUCACUGGCUGCUAUUGACAGUGAUGGAGAAACCAGAGUUAUAACUUUGUCAAAUUACCACUUAGAACACUAAAUGAAACACACCAACAGUCAGAUCAACUUCUGCCAGCCUCUCCCAGUCUAAAUUGAUUGGACAUCUAUCCCAGUCAAUGGCACUGGAACACAAUCAUUCAGUGUCAGAUGUUAAAAUGCAUUUGAUGUCUAUAGCUGUCAAUACCAGUGGAUGAGUUGAUAUUUUAAGAAGAUGGUUACUUCUAAAGCACAUUGUUUUAAGAAAGGGACUUAUAAAUGAAGAUUAAAAAAAAAAAAUUCUUAUGAUACUAACAUCUUCCUAAUUUUGUCUAAAUGUAUAUAAAUUUUGUGUACAUGCACUGGCUUCUUUUGACCAAAUGCAGUCGUCUUAUUGCUUUGAGUAUCAAAAUGUAUUUUCACAAUAAAACCUUGAACCGUACUUGCGCUGUUUGGUUGUCAUGUGAGCGAACAGAAACAACACACGUGUUGAUUUGCAAGGUUUUUUUUAAUCAUGACUUGGCUUCCAUCCUAAAUCUAAGCCACUAGUAGAAAUCUACACUUCCGUGACAAAAUAGUUGUAUAAAUAGGCGAUAAAUACUUAAAUCCAAUAUAUGAGGUGGUAGUCUAUCUUAUACUUUUUUCUACUGAAGAAAAGUUCAAAGAUCCAGUGGACAGUAGACAAGUUCAGUGAGGAAGGAGGCGAAGGAAGCGCCACAGGAGACGGAAACGUUAACAUAAACGUUGGCGAGCUGCAACUAAAUAUUAGUUUGAAUGUGCAUUUGCUGCUUGGCGUGGAGGAUAAACAAGAGCACAGUUGAUACAGAAUACAAACAUGGAAAGAAUAGUCAAAGUGGCAUAAAUAGUCAGUUUCGGGCAAACAUGAAGCUCACGGUCGGAGCCUUGGAGGUAUUUAGUGCUCGUGAGGAUAAAAGAAGGCAAAAGAAAACAUGACAGGGUUUCCCCAAGUGCUUUAUAAGCCUGGUGGGCCGCCAGGCUAAAUCUGUGCUAUAGAAGUAUAAAAAAGAAUACAUACAGUGGGGCAAAUAAGUAUUUAGUCAACCACUAAUUGUGCAAGUUCUCCAACUUGAAAAU